AUGGAUACUAUUUUCGAUUAUUUGACAAACCUGUUCGAAAGAUUCGUGGCAACUCCCACUCCCACAACUCCAGCUCCCUCAACUUCCACUUCCCCAAAACCUGCCCCAAAACCCCCGAAGGUUGAGCGAGACCUCAAUCAGCAGACCCUGGGUAAGAAUGGGAUCGAAUAUGGCGAGGACAAGCUCUGUCAACGAUCGUUUGGUGCGCAUGUCGCCUCCCUCAAAGAUGAACUCCUUUCUCGUGGCAAUCCAGUAUCCGAGCUCUCCUACCCGGAAGAAGAUCAAGCCAGACCUUGCAAGCCCCCUAGCAAAACCGAGCUUGACCCAUUCAAUAGUGGAUUUAAGUACAGAAGGGUCCGUCGUGACUCGUCCGCCUCCAUGUGUGAGGACGCCGAAAACAUGAGAAAAAAAGAUGAGGGCGCGUGGAUGGAUCUACUGAAAAGAUCGGUCUUCGCGGACUGGGUCAGCAGCAAGGAACCCAGAGUCUCACGCAACAUUAGUGGCGGGACUCAAUUGAUGUGGAACGAAGCCGACAAAUGUCGCAUACUGCCAUUUGCACCUUACCCAACACACCCAAAGCCCGACUUCUACUUCUCCAUUCAAAUUUACGAAAAGCUUCGGGAGCCCAUGGGUUUCUUCAACAAAGCGUUUCAGGAACUGAGUUUUGAAUCUCUGAAAGCUUGCAAAGGGCUGCGAUAUUGCCCUUCCAUUGCCCCUCGAAAUGCGAUGCAUGAGGGGUCUCAACACAACGUUUGCUUUCCGUUCGCCAUAGCCGAAGUUAAGGCCGAUGGGGUCUCGGAUGCCAAAGUCACGGAAUGUUUUUGUCAAGCAGCAAAUGCCGCCUCAUGCGCACUUGCGAUGUUGUGUGACCUCAGCCGGCACAAUCCAAACGCCGAGUAUUGGCACCGACUGCAUCACGAUAUCCUACCGGUCAUCUGCUUUACUUUCAUUGGCUAUAGAGCCAAGGUCUGGCUCGCGUAUGUCUCAGACUAUGGAUGCGCAAAGCAGGACGAGAAAUUGAUGCACCAAUACUAUAUGCAAUGCAUAUGGGAUGGUGACAUCAGGAAAAACGAAGAUGCUGUCGAGAUCUACCAGAUUGUGGAUCGCGCUGCGCAGUGGUUUGUCUACGUGUACCGGCCCUGGGUUCUAACUUGUUUGGGCCAUUGGAGAUCAUAUCGCAGUCGGGACGAUCUCAAGAAAGCCUGGCGUCUUGAUGGUAGCCAAGAGCGAGCCAUAGAAUCUGCCUAUCAGCACCAAAUCAACGCGUGGCCUGUACUUACAAAAUCCAGUGAGCGUUCGACGUCAAGACCUGCCACGCCAAGGCUUGCUAGAUUUCAACAUGCCUUAGAUACAGGACGUGCAAAUAACUCCAAAAAGCUCGAGCAGAACAUCGACGAUGGAAGGGAGACUGAGGCAUACCCUGAAAACGAGCUUGACAAUGAUAUGUCUGGAAACUAUAGCCCGAGAAACAAGACUGGAGCAAGGCGAUCUACCGAAUGUUUGGGGACUCUGUUCAGUGAGCACGACACCCAAGUCUCUUCCGGAACUCGUGGAGCUCGACGCCGCAGCUCGGCACAUUCACCGACCCCAAGCCCCGGCGUUCCUCCUUCCGGGAGUCAGGAAAGUCUCUCUAUUCGAGGCUCGUCUGCCAACCAAGAGACACCGAUAACACCAGCAAAACCCGGAGAACACUUGCUGUCUCCGACUUCUGCGUGGGGAGGGAACAUGCCGUUGACACCGCCAGCUAGUCAAUCUCCUCUUGCGAAGGCUCGUCCUCGGGGGAGACCGAGGAAGGAAUCACGCUCUCCCUCACCGCUUUGUGAGGAAGCGCAGUGA